AUGGGCUUGCUGCGGCGGGCGCUGGCGCGAGCGGUGUUCCUCGCGGUCGUCGUCUUCUACGUCGUGCCGUACUCGUGUCUGAUCCUCGCGCGCGUCCUGUGGUGGUUUUUCACGAACCCAACCACAUGCUUUUACACAAAGGACCGCACGGGCGCGCCCGACGUCGCGGUGCCGCCGUUCGCCGACAAGACCUUCAUAGAGCACGAUGACAUCAAGCUCCACGUCGUCCACCGCAAGCCUGGCGCCGGCACGCGCAACAUGAGGAGCCCCAGCGCGCCAAAGCCCAAGCUGCUUCUGAUGGUCCACGGAUUCCCCGAAUUCUGGUACUCGUGGCGCCACCAGUUCAAGGCCCUUGCGCCGCACUUCCACGUCGCGGCGAUGGACAUGCGGGGCUACAACCUCUCCGGCAAGCCCCGCCUCGUCUCGGACUACGACGCCGAGAAGCUGGCCUCCGACAUCCCCGCGGUUGUCAGGGGCCUCGGGUACGACACGUGCAUCCUGGUGGGGCACGACUGGGGGGGCGCCGUCGGGUGGCUCGUGUGCCACCUGCACCCGGAAGUGGUGGAGAAGUACAUCUGUCUCUGCGGGCCCCACCCGCGCAUGUUCCAGCGCAACAUGACCCUCGGGCAGGCCCUGCGCUCCUCCUACAUCAUGGCCUUCCAACCGCCGCUCAUCGCCGAGGCCUGGAUGUCCGCGUUCGACUUCCGCGGCGUCGCGAGCGCCUUCACGAAACCACCCUUCGGCGCCGUACAGCCCGGCGCCAUCACGAGGGAGGACGUCGAGCGCUACAAGGUCGCCAUUUCGCGCCCCGGCGCCCUCACCGCCACACUCAACUACUACCGCGCGGCUUUCCGGAGGAUGGGGUCUGGCGAUCCGCCCGAGACGCGACAGGCGAUGCGGCGGCGGCUGCGGAUGCCGGUGCUGGUGAUGGCGGGUGCGCGGGACGCUGCGUUGGGGACGGAGUGUUACCGGAACAUGGAGGAGGUGUGCGAGGACGUGCGCGUGGAGAUCGUCGACGACGCGUCGCACUGGCUGCAGCAGGACCAGCCCGACCUGGUGAGCAGGCGGAUACUCGAGUUCGCCGGAGGGGGCGCCGCCGAGUAG